UCAUCUCUAAGUAUGAGGACAACAUUAUUAGCCAAAAAGGAAAACUUUUAUACAUAGUUCCUCAAAGAUUAGUAUAUUUGUUUACCAUUAAAUUAGCUAUACUUGUAGCUAGGGAGAGUGAAAGCAAGGGCACUGUAACGUUACAAGAUUGUGUACGAUUUCUUUAGCUUUAGGAAAACAAGAUACCAAUACAUUACUUACCAACAACACCUUACAAAACCCCUGAAUUUUCACUAUUAGUUUCGAAGUGAGCACAAAAUCGAGCUUUUUACCUCUUCCUAAUGUUUCUUUCCUCUUGCGAGAAAAAUAAAAAAAAAAAUAGCCGUUUUUCUUGUAGUGAGCCAGACCGUUCUUUGCUCCCAUGCCCCAAUCAGCCAUCGGCCAAGAACGCCCCACGAACCCGUUUAUCUGGGCCGCGGCCAUAGUAUGCGCGAUCGUCACCUUAGUCAUGAUCAUCAUUGGCAUUGUCGUGAUAAUAAGCUAUUUCAUUAUCCAUCCCAAAACGCCCUCGAUCAGCGUCUCGUACGCCAAUCUCGACAAACUUUAUUAUGACCAGACCGGGAACCUCCAAGUCCAGAUCACCAUAGUGAUGAAGGCCAAAAACGACAAUGCCAAGGCGCACGCGAGGUUCUACGACAUCGGCUUCAUUCUAGGCUUCAGCGGCAUGGAAAUUGCGAAGCUGCAAAAUAAAGCGUUCGAUGUCAAUAAAAAUCAUUCGGUGGAAUUCAGCUAUUUGGUUAAUUCGAGGGCGAUUCCGUUGAAGAAAUUGCAGGGGGAUUUUAUUCAGGCGUCGUUUAGGAAACAAGUGAUCGAAUUCGAUUUGACGGGGAAGGCGAAGACGAAGUGGAGAGUGUGGGUGAUUGGUUCGGUUAAGGUUUUGUUGAAUUUGGAUUGCAAUUUGCAGUUCUUUGUGCCGAAUGGGAGCGCUACGCCGUACUCGGAGUCGCAUUAUUGUAGCUCCAAAUCUUCUUGAUAUGUGGAAUGUUCUUGUUUUGUGAAGGCUAUAAUGCAUGUAUCAUCUCGAAGAUUUGUCGUUUCUAUGGUAUAAUAAUCAUUUUGUAGUGCU